AUGAGCGGAUACAUUGAGUGGAUUGACGACGAUCUGCUAUGCUUCUGUGACGAAGACGACAUUUGCUGCUGUUUCGAGUCGGAUAGCUACGACUCUGAAAGCUCCGAGUCCGAGCCUGAGUCUGAAGACUCUGAUUCUUACGAUUUCGAUAUGGAUCAACUCCGACAUCUCAGUCAACGACAUGCAAGCUCAAGCCGAUCAAACACUGCCUCUAGAUCCCAACACAAGUCAAUCCCUCAACUCCGACAAAAAUCUUCCUCGGAUGGCGCAAAACUCGGACUUGCAAAGAGCAAUGUCCUGUGGCCUAAUGAGAGGUGCAACUUGAGAGUGCGUUUCCUAAAUGGCGACAAAUUCGACCAAGACACGGUCAAGAAGUGCGUGACAGAGCACUACAACUCGAUCCCGAUGCGCCUACGGUUCAAGUUUCUUGAGCCGGGCGAUCCCGAACACUCCGAUAUCCGCAUUACCUUUACCAACGAGUCAAAAUGUCUUAUAGGCCGUUCUGCUGAGAACCAUCGCAGAGAGCCAACCAUGUGGCUCAACAUGCAUCGGGACUCUAGUAUGGGAGCAGAAGCGAGACGAGCCAAGAGACAGUACGACAUCUUGCAUGAGUUCGGCCAUGCCCUGGGCAUGCAGCAUGAGCAUCAACAUCCUGAAUGCAAAGUCAACUGGAACAUGCAGGUCAUCCAAGCAAAGUAUGGUUGGAGCGCUGAGAAGGUUCACGACAACUUUGACAGGUUGACCCAGGGGGUGAAGCCUGCUGCAUAUGACCCAGAGUCCAUAAUGCACUAUCCAGUUGAUCAAGGAGAUACUCACAGCCUCGUCACAUAUGUGCCCCUAGCGACUAAGUUGUCUGAAGGCGACAAGAAGUUCCUCAUGGCCAUCUAUCCAAAGUCGACCACAGUUGUCAAGCCUCCACAGAAACCACCGAGGAUUGCAACAAAGAAGCCGACGCAUGAUGACUACAUGGUACAGCGUCUGACUGCUCAGUUGGUGAUGCAGUACUGGAUGCAGAAUGCAAUGCUGGAAGCAAUCAAGUCCGAAGAGAGACGUUUGAGAAGAGCCCAGAAGGAGAUGGAGAUGAUGCAGUAUUUCUUUGCCCCAUUCGUGGUUAACCAAGUUGUCCUGGUUCCCUGUUACUACUGGUAUUAA